GGGCGGUUCUGAGACGAGAAGAGCGAAGGACGGGAGCGCAGGCCUCCGCAGCGGCGCGCGAGCGCUGGGGGCACAACAGCCCCCGCGUCCGGCGCUGGCCGCCCAGCCGGGAGGUGACCAAGGAGACCCGGGCGCCCGCCCACAGCCCUCGAAGGUGCCGGCUCCGGGCUCCCACUCUCUGGAGGCAGGGUGGGGAUCCCCGCCUGCCCGCCGCCCGGCACAACUCCGGGGCUGGCGGUGCGCGGCUGCACAGAGUCCCGCUUCUCGCCGAUUGCCCGGAGCGGCGCCGCCCGCGCACCCGGAGCCCCAGGUCCUUGGCGCCCCAUGGAGAGCGCGCCGGCCGCGGCUGCCUGAGUGCGGCGCCGCCGUCCAAACUGCGCGCUGGGGUCCCGCGGCCCGCCCCCCUGAGGGGCGCCCGGCGGCCGUGGGGGCGCGCACCAUGAAGUACGCGCUGUGCAGCCGCUUCUUCAUUCUCCUGCCCUGGAUCCUAAUCGUCAUCCUCAUGCUCGACGUGGACACGCGCAGGCCCGCGCCCCCACUCACCCCGCGCCCCUACUUCUCGCCCUACGCGGUAGGCCGCGGGGGCGCCCGGAUCCCGCCGCGCAGGAGCGGCCGCGCCCCCGGCCUCGGGCGCGGCUGGGAGAAGCGCAACGCGUCGCGGCGGCCGGAGCCGCCUCUGCCCACCAUCUAUGCCAUCACGCCCACCUACAGCCGCCCGGUGCAGAAGGCCGAGCUCACCCGCCUGGCCAACACGUUCCGCCAGGUGGCGCAGCUGCACUGGAUCCUGGUGGAGGACGCGGCGGCGCGCAGCGAGCUGGUGAGCCGGUUCCUGGCGCGGGCCGGGCUGCCCUGCACGCACCUGCACGUGCCCACGCCGCGGCGCUACAAGCGGCCCGGGCUGCCGCGCGCCACCGAGCAGCGCAACGCCGGCCUCGCGUGGCUGCGCCAGAGGCACCAGCGCCGGCGCCCGCAGCCCGGCGUGCUCUUCUUCGCCGACGACGACAACACCUACAGCCUGGAGCUCUUCCAGGAGAUGCGAACUACACGCAAGGUCUCUGUCUGGCCGGUGGGCCUGGUCGGCGGGCGACGCUAUGAACGUCCGUUGGUGGAAAAUGGCAAAGUCGUUGGCUGGUACACCGGCUGGAGGGCAGACAGGCCUUUCGCCAUCGACAUGGCAGGGUUUGCCGUCAGCCUUCAAGUCAUCUUGUCCAAUCCAAAAGCUGUGUUUAAGCGCCGUGGAUCCCAGCCCGGGAUGCAGGAGUCGGACUUCCUCAAACAAAUCACAACGGUGGAGGAGCUGGAGCCCAAGGCCGGCAACUGCACCAAGGUCCUCGUGUGGCACACUCGGACAGAGAAGGUCAACCUGGCCAACGAACCCAAGUACCACCUGGACACAGUGAGAAUUGAGGUAUAAAACAGAAGCAGCACUGGGGCGCCUGCCUGGCCGGCGGUCACCCCACUGCAGGGCCCCAGCCAGCAGGCCUGUCUGCACCAGCUGCUCCGCUAGGCUCACAGGGUGGUGUGGCUCGUAUGUUUUCUUUCAUUUGUUCUGCAUGUUUUCCAAGCAAUUAAACUGAAGAGCCCUGCAUAGCACCGCCAAGGCUAUAUGCCGUUCUGUACCUUACACACUUUUCUCAUUUGUUCCCAUUUGGCCUUAUAAUUGACAAAACUGAACAGGUUUUAGAAACAAACAGGUGAUUAGCAUUUUGUCAACUU